AUGGAAUUGGAGUUGCAUGCAACACUUUCCGUAUCUGCAAUGGAAGUGAAUUUGGAGGAUGGAGAAGUGCAACUUCUCGCUGAAACGGAGGUAAUGGACGUGUCUGCCCCAGUGAGGCCGCCCUCAAAUUUCAGCCACUCGCGCCCUACGCAAGCCUAUUACGUGCCGCGUCGUCUCCUGGAGGGUGGUCGCGGUCCACAUCCGGCCAGCGAUGGAAAGCCUUCGGAUGCUUUCGUCUCUGCCGAUGCACCGCCAACUAUGGCAAAGCAACGAUCAAACACUGAGGUGCGUACACCGUCAAGCAAAACCAUCGUGAAGACAUUUAUUGAACCGCGCCCAUUAAUGGCUGACCUCUUGCCUAAACCCGAUUCUCUUAAGGAGAAACGUCGCCCACCACGACUCCCACAACAACCGAUAGCCCCAUCGCAAGUGUACACGAGAAUACCUCAACAGCCACAACCGUUCGCGCCCCGGAUCGUUAACGGACCACGUGGUCCCCUGUCCAGACCAAACGCUUUCUGUCCGCUUCCGCCUCCGCAGAAGGACGUCUGCAUUUGUGACCGUCCAAAUGCACAUGUGAUUUGCAAGCGAUGUGGCUAUGAAUGCAUUGGACGAGUCCAGCUGAGUGUGGUAAUCCCAUCUGUAGGAGUAUACAGAUUUUCGAAGCUGUCUCGUUUAACGACGGCGAGAUCCUCCCGUAGCCGUAGCCUACCACCUCUGCGCCAUACCACACGGUUCAUUGUCGAUUUGCUCUCUGUAUCCUUCAGCUCUCAUUAUUACUGCCUGCGAGGCUAUAGAUUUUAUUAGCGCAUUGGAGAGCUUCGGUUUCAUGUUGUCUGCGCGCCUUUCUAAGCGAUGUUUUGACAUCCUUAUUGGAUGUGGUAUGGGUUUAUAUUCACCAUUUUUGCAUUGUGUCUUUUGCGCUAUGCAUUUACUUGUUAUUUGUUUGUAUUGUAAAUGUUUCGUCUGUGAUUUAUAGCAACGCAUAGGACGAUUGCUUUUCGAUUUUUUAUUGAUUUUUAUUAUCCGCU